AUGCCGACUAAAAGAGUCCGGAAGACGAAGGCGACGACUAUGAAGUCUGCUCCAGUUGGGGAAUAUGAAGAAAAGUUGGAAGAUUCAAAUGAACUUGAGCCAUCAAUUCGAAGUGUCGUAACGAGCCUAAUGUUUACUUCAGGCGACGAUGAAAAUCCUCUUCAAGAAAACGAAGAUCUUGUUGUGAACAUCUUAAAAAAUGAACUGAUUUUAUUUUUACAAGACGUAGUGUCCGUUCAUAACAAUAAAUUCGUCCACAUAAAAUUGGAACAUAUGCUACCAUUGUUGCAAAAACAAACUGGAGUAUUAUAUAGAUUCAUCAAAUACUUGAAAAAUCGAGUCGAAAUGGCGAAUUUUUUGAAAGCCAAAUCAUAUUCAAGUAAUGGCACAGAAGACGUCGAGGAAGAUAUUGAGGAUGACGACGACAAGGAUGAAGUUGUCGAAGACGAAGUUGAUCCAAUGGAUGAAAUAGGAGAAGUUGGAGGAGAAGAAGGAGAAUAUUUGAACAAGAAAAAGAAAAAAUAUGGUACUGUAUCAUUUGAAGAAAAUCUACUGAACGAUGUGAAAAAGGCAUUUUCAACUGCGAAAAUGAGAUUCAAUACGUUCGAAGAUGUGGUAGAUGAAACUCAUGACCAGAAAGUAUACGCACUUCAAACUGUUAUCGAAGAUAUGACAGGAGAUGAAUAUAAUCGUUUUGCUGUUGCUCGUCGUGUUAGUUUCCAGUUACAUUCACUUACACCAGUAUACAGCUCGAUGAGUUCGAAUCUGACCCGAAGGAAAAGAAAAAGAAUUACAACGAAAAACAACAGACAAAUGCUCAUUUCAUGGCUCGGAAAUCCUCCAGUAAGUACUGAACCAGCUCAGGUGUUUCUAGCAUUUCUUGCAAAGGAAAUCGUUUCGUCUACUGUUGGAUCAGCAUUGGUUGAAAGAAGAAAAACUAGUCCGGCAGAAGGAGGGCCCAUUAGACAUUGCUUCUACGAAGAGCCGUUACGGAAGAAUCAGCGAUUCAGGAAAUACGGAAGACUUCUUUUCUGA